AGGAGUUUGCUAAACAAGGUGGAGAGGAUUUGAUUAAUAAACUAUUAGAUAGACAAGAACAAUUAAAAGAUUCUGGUCCCCAAGGAGAAAACAAUCAAAAAGAUGACCCAAUUCAACCGGACCGCGCCGUGGCUACUACGGAAAUCGCUGAUAAACUGACCGAGACGGGAGUCAAGACCAGCGAAUUAAGCAAUGAUUAUCACGACUGGCAAGCAAAAAUAAAAGGCUUCGCCAACUCCAACCAAAUUAAUAAUUUCAAAAAUAAUAUGCUAGCGGCCAUUGCAGCCAAAGCCCAGGAAAAGCAGGACGCCGAACAAAUGGAUGAUAAAGUUUAUGAAAAAAACCGAGACCAAAUCAAGGCCGAUAAAAGAAGGGCAGCCGCGGCUGACGCCGAAGCCUACCGCCGAGACACUGCCUUGCCAUCCUUGGCAAAAAUAAUGACUAAAAAUGAGAUCACAGAAAAUGAACUAGAUGCUGCCACCCAAACCCAAUAUGAAAAUUUAAAAAAUGGAGAAAUUAUCGAACCCGACGCCAUUAUUGCAGCCGAAAAAUUAAUUACGGAAAAAAUCAGCCAGCAAGGAGCCAGCAAAAAAUUAAAUCAUCUCCUCACCCAAGCCAAAAAGGCCUUAAAAUCCGGCCAAAAAGCCCAAGUAGAAACAGCCUUAAAAGAAUUAGUGGCGUUCACAAUCGCAGACAAUGUUUACUGGCAACAAGCCUACGAAGCGCAACCUGAGGCUAAAUCCUUAUUAUCCCAACUCCAAAAUUAUUCCGGACAGAACAACACCCAAAACCCAACCCCAGGCUUUUUUCGCCCUCAAGCGCUUAUUCCGCUCUUUUUGAUUCUCGUUUUACUGGGCGGAAUAAUUUUCUUAAUCAUUCGCCGCCGGCAACGACAAAAGAAGUUAAAAAAGUAG